AUGUUUACCAGAUCGAUCUUACAGAGAGUCACCAAGACCCCGGCCCAACAAUUGACCUCGUCAAUAAUCCCAAAGAGAUCAUUCCAAAUGUCAUCUAAAUUGAUGAGCGAGAUGGAUAAGAUUUGGGGUCAUCCAGAAGAAGGUGUUUACUCAAACUUGCCAUUCAAGGUCAAGAACAGAAAGUUCAUUCCAUUUUCAGUAUGGUAUUGGGGUGUCAUGGGAUUCUUUUUCGCUUUCCCUUUCUUGAGUUCAACUUGGCAAAUUUACAAAUCUGGUGGUUUUGCUAAACAGGCCGAGUAA